ACCAGGCUGUCUGCAUGUAUUUUAUAUUUAUAACUAAUAUACUGUAUACUGUAGUCCAGCAAUGUAGAGCGGUUUCGUUACUGUUGUGUGCAUGCGCAGUAACUACUUUUAUUUCAUGAUUAUUAUUAAAAAAAAAUAUAAGCUACAGUAGUCGAUGUCACCGUACUUUUAUAUAUUCGCAGUGAAGUCAACUUGAUAACAGCAGAGGACGUUAACCCAACACCAAACGUGUCCAUCUCACUACCGUACUCACAUUUGCAGCAGUAUCACAUUACAACGAUAACCCACUUUUAGAUUCACGAUUUUGAUUGAAUAUCAACACUGUGCGUAUUGUGCAUAUUAAUAAUAUUAUUAUAAUGUGUCUUGCGUCAAGCGCCCACACCGUCAGACGCGUCUUCUUCUAAGCGCCUCAAGAGAUAACGGGACCCCGAAGCAGGCCGCUGGCUCUGGUGAAGCCUAGGCUCUUGCCUGAGCGGCCCGGCCGUGGAGGUUCGGGGGAGCCGGGGCCAUGGGCGCCCUGACGAGCCGGCAACACGCAGGCGUGGAAGAGCUCGACAUCCAAGCCAACGCUGUCUACAGAUACCCACCGAAGACGGGCAAUUAUUUUGCAAGCCAUUUCAUAAUGGGCGGAGAGAAGUUUGAGACAAGCACUCCUGAAGGUUAUUUGUUUGGAGAAAAUACAGAUCUCAACUUCCUGGGAAACAGGCCAGUACCGUUUCCUUACCCUGCACCUCCACCCCAUGAGCCCGUCAAGACUAUACGCAGCCUCGUAAACAUCAGGAAAGAUUCGCUACGUCUCGUCAGGAUUACAGAUGAAGCAGAAACUCCUGAUGCCGAUUCUUUAAAAUCCAAAUUCAGCUACAACGUAGAGUUUGUGUUUGACUCGGAUGUGCAGGUGGCCAUUACCAUCUAUUACCAAGCUACAGAGGAAUUUCACAAUGGCAUUAUCAUGUAUACGGCAAAGCAUCACCUGCGUCAAUCAGAGACGGUUCUCUGCAAGGGAGGAGUGAGCCAACUCUUCUCCCAGACGUCGCAUGUCAUUGACCCCUCUGAGUGGAACCCAGAAGAGCUGACCUUUGACUUGGAGCGUGAUGUUUACCCCAUGGUGAUCCAUGCGGUUGUGACGGAGGGGGAAGAGUAUAUCGGACAUUCCCAUGUGCUACUCGCUACAUUUGACAAGCACACGGAUGGAAGCUUCUUUGUAAAGCCGCUCAAGCAGAAACAAGUGGUGGACGGAGUGAGCUACUUGCUGCAGGAAAUCUACGGCAUUGAAAACAAGGGGAGUGUGCAAGAGCUUAAGACGUGUGAAGAUGACAUCAGCGACAACAGCACGGAGUGCGUCGUGUGCCUGUCCGACAUCCGGGACACGCUCAUCCUGCCGUGCCGCCACCUCUGCCUCUGCAGCGCAUGUGCCGACACUCUGCGAUAUCAGGCUAACAAUUGCCCCAUCUGCCGGCUGCCGUUCCGCGCGCUGCUGCAGAUCAGGGCUAUGCGCAGGAAGUCGUGCUCUGUCGCAGCGGUCAGCUACAGCCCCGUGCUGGCCUCGCAGUCGUCCGACAACGACGAGCGCACGAGCUGCGAGCAGGUGCACAUGGGCUACGAGGUGAUGUCGCUGCUCGAAGCUCUCAACGGGCCGCUCUCGCAAUCCAUGCCGGCGGGUCCCCCGCCCGUGGCACACGAGGGCAACUUCCCGAGCCUGCCCUCGUCGUCCUCCCUGCCUUCCAGCCUGCCCGUCUCUCCUGCCGGCUCCCUCUCCCGCUCCGGCAGCCGUGACAGCACGCGCAAGAAGCUCACCCCAAAGACCUUGUCCCGAGACUCGUCGGUCAUCAGGGAUGACGAUGAGAAAGACGAGGAGAUGGACCUGCGGGCGUCCUGCCACCGUUCCGUCAUGUGUUCCCUGCGCAACAUCACGCUCCUGCAGGACUGUGGAGUCACUCCAGAACACGAGAACCUCACUGUGUCUUCCGGACCCAUGGACCCAUCCUCCUGCACCAUAACACCUUCCUCUUCUUUGCUCACCUCACCAGAAGACCAGUUCAGUAGCAGCCUACCGCACUCGGCCAUGUCGCUAGCGUCGUCCCUGAGCCAACGCUCGCGGCUCACGGCGGACACGCUCUCAACGCUGUCGGCCUCCUAUCCAGUUGUGACGGACGACGAGGGCGAGGGGCCACCCACGCCGCCCGGCGAGCCACAGGAAAAUGUUUUUUUAGAGGAAGGUGAUUCUGCAGCAGAAGGAGAAGGCUGGCACGGUAGAACGGUAAGGGGACUGUUCCUCCCCGCCAACAAUAACAACACCACGGUGGUUGAGGUGGAAAGUGGCCACAGCGUGUGGGAUGCCCUGCCUGGAACGCCGGCUUCGUGCGGUAGCACGGAGAGCAGGGGGAGCUGCAGCAGCAGCAAGCAGCUGCUGCCGUUGCUGCCCGACGAGAUCCCGGCUGAUUCUGCUGCAGCUCGUGCCUCCCCACGCGCAUUCAUGUAGGGGGCAACCCGUCCGGGGCCUAACGGCAUCCAGCGGCCGUUGCGUUGUCACCAGCUCACUGCCAACACUUUGCUUUGCGUUCGGUUAGAUGUCCCCCACGUUCACGAAGCUCCAUUGACGUAGCUAACGCUGAUCGCCAGGGGGUCUGCGGGAACUCAUUGACUUGGGGUGGAAAGGAGCUGAAAAAAGUUAAAAUUUCAGUAUUUUUUAAAUAUAAUUUUGUUUGUCGCGGGAGCAAUCUCGGCAGUGAUGACAACUAUACAGGUAGUCCUCUACUUACGAUGGAGAUGCGUUACGACGACCCCAUCGUAAGUCAAAAAGAUCGUAAGUCGGACCAUCGUAGCUCGGGGACUAUCUGUACUUACAACGAAGGGACCGUCGUAAUAUUUCUGGUGGGGUAAUAGCUAAUUUUACAACCUCUGCUCCCGACCAAGGUGAUUUGUCCCCCUGAAGUUGACGCAAAUCCAAUAGUGUGCAUCGAUCCAUUUCGUUACUUUAAAUAGCCAAGAAGGGCCCAUUGAGACGUCACUCCUCACCUACAGCAGGGAGAUCUGCGCUAUAACGAGGCGAGCAACAAUCAUUUUCAUAGUAAUUGGUGCGAGAGCAGUGUGCAUGCUUACCAAAGUAAGAUGGCAAGAGCGCGGUGGACACUGUGACUGUCGUGAAAUUGAAAAUAGCAGGAUAACGUAACGAAGGAAACAGUGGCGAAUCAUACCAAGAAAGUAAACCCCCAUUCAGUUAAAUAAUCAUUAAGCUGUGUUCACCAAAUACGUAUGUACAGUACUACCUAAUUAGCCAAGCAGGGGCACUAUUGCAUGGGCUGUUACUGUAAUUGGAAACACUGAAACAUUGUUCAAUUAUUGCAUUGUAAAGUUUGCAUUGGACAUUGCAUGUUGAACAUGAUAUAUAUGUUUGCAUAUGUUGCACUAUACAUUAUAACACGUUAAAGGAAAUAGCUUAAUAUAUAGCUAUUUGUGUUUGUUUUCUUUUGCGUUAUUUGCUAAAUGCUGCCUCUAGAGCUUGUGUUUUGCAUGAUUGCAGAACGUAGGUUUGCUGUUACCGUUUUAUCAUUGCAGCUUUAUGUUUCUUGGAAAGUGUUCGCGUGUUGUUGAGCCUUCUGGUAUCAUAACUCCCAAAUGUUCAGGGUUGUGUAUUGUGGUGUUCGGUUGAAAAAAGGGAAAAUGCUUUGAGUGAAGGGUCCUUGACAGACAAAAGGUGAAAUUAAUACAUUAAUCACGUGACAUGAAUACAUUAAUAACGUAAAAUAAAUGAGAAGCACAUGGAUAUACGGUAUAUUUUCGUUUUGUAAAAUAUCAACAAAGGGAGAUGAACGAGUUUGUGAUACAGAGUUAAAAGUAUUUGCACAUUAAAUACUAUUUACUUUUAGAAUUGUAGCCACAAGAGGCGAGUUUGAAUUAUUUAUUUUUGUUUGCAUUCACGUGUGCUUGUGCGCUUUUUGUGAACAUUUGUAUUAUAUUAUUGUAGCUUGAGUAACAGGACACAUGGUCCUCUGAUUCACAACUUGAUGACAUUCAUUGGCAACUUAUCAGAAGUGGGCUUAUUGUUUCUGCUGCUAAAAAAAAUCAAUGGAGACCUACCAUCCAAGGUAUUCUUCAGCAGAAAUUGCAGUGCAGAGUUAACCACCCCAACUCGGUUGGUUACCUGUGAAUACUGCUCAAUGCGAGGCAUAUCUAAGACCCUUCAUCAGUCUAUUAGCACAACGGUGACCACUGUACGUCGCCAUUUCACAUGAAGGUACACAUACGACAGUUAUAUUCCAAGUAUUACACAAUAUGCAAUACGCAUGCAAUAAGCACUCUACCGCAAUGGGAUUUCAAUGUAUGAUAUAUCACGCCGCUGUAUUGGCUAUUUCACUGCGUAUUAAAUCACGAAUAUACACAAGCGGUUGUCACUUCUGAGCUGCAAAGUCGAUAUGCUAGCGGCAGCAAUCUUGAAUGCAGCAUUCGGAACAACUGCUGUCUGGCCAUUGCUAAAACGCCGCUCCACUAAAGCACGGAGUACACAUCUAACCGAGUGAUCUUUCAAACAAUGAGCCUUAUAGCCCCUUGUGCGCUGCCUUGCAAUGCUCGUCUGCUUUGCAGUGUCAUCUUCACGCCAAUUGAUGCACGUUGCAACAAUGACUGGAGACAGUCGAUUUUUGGGCUGUAAUGAAUUGUCAAAAAAAUAUAUAAAAUAAACAAGUAUGCCCCA